UCGCUCAUUGUCGCCGAAUUGUCAUCCUCAACCUCAAGGACCUCAAGCAGGCAAAAGUGUGUUGUCAUCCGCGAGAAAAUUAACAAAUCCUGUGGUUUCUAGAGCUGAUACUAAUUGGAUAGUGUCAUGGCAAUGUUGAGUGGAUAUGCUGGAGGUUCUCUCCCAGAUUACGAGGCUCCUGGGGCCAAGAAGGUGCAUUUCAGCCCUUAUGCGGACAAUGGAGGGAGUGUAGUUGCUAUUGCCGGUGAGGACUUUGCGAUAAUCGCAGCUGAGACUCGAUUGAGCGCUGGGUUCUCAAUUUACACUAGGGAUCAGGAGAAGCUGUUCAAAUUGUCGGAUAAAACUGUCCUCGGUUGCUCUGGGUGCUGGUGUGACACUCUGACGUUGACGAGAAUUCUCGCUGCUCGUAUGCAGAUGUACAAGCAUGAACACAAUAAGGACAUGUCAACUCCGGCAACAGCUCAGAUGCUCUCCACAAUGCUCUACUACAAGCGCUUCUUUCCCUACUACGUGAGCAACAUUCUAGCCGGUCUGGACGAGAAUGGAAAGGGCUGUAUCUACAGUUAUGAUCCCAUUGGCCACAUCGAGAGGAACAUGUACAGAGCUGGUGGAUCCUCUGGAGCUCUUCUCCAGCCGCUCCUUGAUAAUCUUGUGGGCCUCAAGAACCAGGAAAAUCCUGAGAAGGAACCCAUCACUAAGGAGAAGGCUCUCACCAUCAUCAAGGACAUGUUCAUCUCAGCUACUGAGAGGGAUAUAUACACUGGCGACAGUGUCAGCAUCAAGAUCAUCACUAAAGAUGGCAUUAAGGAUGAUAGUUUUGAGUUGAGGAAGGAUUAAGUCUUUUUCAUUUGGAAUUUUUACGAAUAUCUAUUAAACUAAUCGAAAUAAAUUCUCUUUUGUCAAUAAA